AUGUCUGAAUCUAUAGAAGCCAAUGCUUCUAAAGAUGAGUCGAAAAGUGUGGCUUUUGACAAGGUAAAUAUUAAGUCAUCUUUAAAAGGUGGGAACGGUACAUCUUCAAUUUCUGUUACACUUGCAAAAGAUUGUCCAGUUACUUUAUCGAUUCAAUUUCGGAUAUUUGUUGGGUCUUAUGAGCAUAAUCUUCUUUGUUUAUCAGUAAUGCUUGACCCUAAGAACGUUAAAGAACCUGUUUUCCAGCCGAUAUUUCAUUUUCAAGCCCAUUCCUUGUCUAUUAAGUCCAUUGAUGUUGCGAAAAGGUAUUUGGUUACAGGAUCAAAUGAUGAGCAUAUACGAAUAUACGAUUUACAGAAACGUAAAGAGCUUGGAACAUUAUUGAGCCACCAAGGAACGAUCACUGCAUUGAGGUUUUCAAAAGAAGGUAACCAUAACUCUGCUUCUGGUGGUGAUGCUGCUGCUCCUGCUGCCGCUGCUGUUGCUGCCGCUACAACGGCUGGAAAAUGGCUUUUAUCGGGGUCAGAAGAUGGCAAGAUAAUAAUAUGGAGAACUAAGGAUUGGGAAAUUUUUGCAACCUUGAAAGGUCAUACAGAUAAGAUCAAUGACUUGAGUAUCCAUCCAAGUGGAAGAGUGGCAAUAAGUGUUUCUCAGGAUAAAACAAUUAGACUAUGGAAUCUAAUGACUGCGAAAAAGGCAGCUGUUUUGAAAAUUAAAGGUAAGGAUCAUUUGGGGCAACUGGGUCAGUUUGUCAAAUGGAAUAGCACUGGGCAUCUAUUCAUUGUUGGGUUGAGUAAUACAGUGUUUGUUUACAAAACAUCAACUGCCAAAAUCGUUAAGAAAUUAAAGUUCAAGUCUACUUUGAUGUGUAUGGAUAUUGUUAUGAUUGAUUCAAAAGAAUGGUUAAUUAUUGGAUUUGGGGAUGGAUCAAUUGGGGUUUUUGACUUUGAGAAAGUAUCAAAAAGCAUUCUGGACUCAAAUGAAGAAACAAAAAAAGAGAAGGAGGAGGAGAAGGGGGAGAAGGGGGAGGAAGAUGAGGAGGAGGAAAAGGGGGAGGAAAAGCAAAUCGAACCUGUUUAUUCACUAAGAGGACACACCAAUAGAAUAAAAGAUUUCCAAAUUUUCCAAAACGAGGAUACACAAGACAUUCCAUUUUUGAUUUCUGUUUCUUCAGAUGGUAAAAUUGUUGUUUGGAAUUUGCUGAUUAGAGAUCAGGUUGCAGUUUACGAUACAGGCGAGAGACUAAAUUGCAUAGCUUGCGCUCCAGAAUAUAUUGAAAAAGUAGAUACAAUGAAGAAACGGUAUAUAGAAGAAGAAGAAAAGGAGAAAGAUCUUAGUGAAUCUGAGUUUGAAACUGAUAGUGAGGAGAUAAUGACGAUAAUGAAUGGUCAAAAGAAGAAAAACAAAAAAGGAGGGAAAUUAAAGAAAAGCAAAAAAAGAAAAGUUCAAGUUACCUUGGAAUGA